AUGCAUGUCCACCGUGGCUCGAUACUGUACGGCCACACGGUAGGCGAACGUCUGGACGUCUCAGAGAAAGCUUUCUUCACACUGCCACUGGUGCACAUUGAGCAGGACUCAUCGUUUGUGCCAUGGGGCAGGCACUCCAAGAACUGCUCGUGCUGCCAGCUGAAUUCCGCUAAUCGAGCGCUGCGACGUAGCAUGCACUCGAUAUUCAAGGAACACAUGCUAGCUCACAGGCAUUCCAGUGUCAUGAAUUUUCGUGAACGCUCUCGGAUACACAAGAUCGAAUGCGCUACAUGCUGGGUCUCGCAGCAGCAGCUUUGCAAAGAUGCGAUUCUGGUCCUCCAAAACGAACGCAUCGGUCUCCGAGCAGCAAGCGGGGCGUUGAGGCACAGACAGCCCAGUAGCAGAUUUAGCUUGCGUCAGCAACACCUUGGAUGGGGUGACGCCACGACUUUUGGACGCAGCGAGGACGAGGUCUGCUGGCUGGAACGACGCGAGAGGUCAGGCAUGCAGAGCGACGGCCAGAUCGAUGGAAAGGACCAGAAGGAAGCUGAAGGCAUGCAUCGGCAGAGCCGGCUGGGCGGACAACCGCGAAGAUGGUGUCACCUGAUAGGCCCGAAGCUGGGGAAGCACGCCAAGCCCAGAGGCAUUCGUCCUUGA